AUGAACAUUGCGAUCGAUGUGGCUUCUGCAUUGCAUUAUCUUCAUAACCUGUGUGAAACACCGGUCAUUCACUGCAAUCUAAAGCCAAGCAAUGUUCUACUUGACAGUGAUUUUACUGCUCACCUAAGCGAUUUUGGUACACAUUCUGAUUAUUUUUUCCAUAUAAGGAGCUUCAGGUUCUUACUAAAGCUACUAAAUAAAAUGCAAUUUUCAUUAACUAAACAGAGCUUUGUCAUCCAAAGAUUUACCAUGUUUGCAGAGUAUGACAUGGGUGGUCAGGUAUCAACUCAGGGAGAUGUAUACAGCUAUGGGAUUCUCUUGUUGGAGAUGUUCACUGGAAAAAGAACAACAGAUGAACCAUUCAGAGAUGAUUUGAACCUUCAUAAUUUAGUUGAUACAGCAUUGUCCGAGCGACUAUCGGAAGUAAUCAACUCAUUUUUACUUACUGAGUUUACCAUGUUUGCAGAGUAUGACAUGGGUGGUCAGGUAUCAACUCAGGGAGAUGUAUACAGCUAUGGGAUUCUCUUGUUGGAGAUGUUCACUGGAAAAAGACCAACAGAUGAACCAUUCAGAGAUGAUUUGAACCUUCAUAAUUUAGUUGAUAGAGCAUUUACUGCAAGUUCAAGUAACCAUAGAAAUAAACACAUAGAAUGCUUAACUUCUAUACUAGAAAUAGGAGUUGCAUGUUCAGUUGAAUCCCCAGGUGAUAGAAUGGAUAUGAAAGACGUUGAGUUGGGUCUAGUUUCAGUUACAGAAAAAUUCAUUGGAUCAAGAAGUGUAAACAUCCUCGGCGCCAUUGAUGGUGACGCAAUUGGCCACUGGGAUAACGCGACGUGGACUGGAGCCGCGGGUGACCGACGAGGGAUCUUUGAACCAGAAGAGCUUUCAGGACGAGCCACCGGCUACGCCAGGUCUCCUUGGGUUGGACUUACCCACUUCAAAACUUCCACCGCGUUAUCAGCCUUAGCAGGCACGGUGGGGUAAGUAAG